AUGGCGCGCACACGCAGCGCCAAAGACAAGGCGCUUGCGCCACAGCUUGAAGACGUCGCCUUUACUGCCCGCGGCCUCGCGCUGCAGUUCUCUUGGCCAAACCGUAUCAAAAACAAGAAGAUCAUGGCACAAUCCAACCUCUCUUCGAGCUCCUACAAGACCGCCGUUGGCGACGUAGAGUGCCGUAACUUUACAUUCACAGAAGAGGAAGAAGCGCCAGAGCCCGGUGUGAUGCAGAUCCAAGUCGUGCUCGUCGGCCUGACCAUACCAACAAGCCAAGCGUCGAGCGAGGAGACGCAGCAAGACAAGAAGGACGGGUUGCAUACUGGCGUCAUCGGUCAACACCUUCCGGCGAACGGGAACGACACCUUGACGCUGAACUCCCGCUUUACCGGAUCGAAGCAUGUGGACCAAAUCGAGGAGGCCGAAUUGAACGCAUCGGAAGGGUUCGACAAGGACGACCAUGACGGCGUGGAUGCCUUGCUCGUCGUUACACCGUGCUCCAAGAAGCAGCCCGCCCAGACAAAGUUGUAUGUGCUGGUGCAGCCGAAAGAUGGUUUGUGUAGGAUGUAUAACUGCCCUGGGGACGAGGUCUACUACUUUUCCGAGUAUAGGGAUUACUCAAAGGCAGCCGGAGGCCGGGCGUCAAGGUGGAACAAGUUGGUGCGCGCUGUUGCCGUCCAUGACGAUGGCCAAGUCGUGCAGCCAGAUUUAACAGCAUACGCAACGCCCAGGGACCAGACGGUCAUCGCGACCGACCCAACGCUCGCCUUUGCGAAUAAGGUUCACAUGCUGUCGAGCGCCCUGUCGCUGAAGAAUAGUCCCUGGAUAAUGACGGAGCUUUCCAAGACAUUGGACGACGCGGUUGCGCCCCUCAUGGAGCUGGUUACCAACUUUCCACACACCAGGCUCUUCCUCAUUCCUCCCCAAACCGACGAGGUCGAUUCCGACGUGGAGAUGGCGGACGAGGGUCAGGACGGUCCGGAUCAAGUUUCGCUAGUGUGGAGCGCCAAGGAGAUGCUCGCCGAGGUCGCCCAGCAAUGGCCCGAGGCAGCCCAAUCAUUGACGCCGGAGCUGUUGCAGCGUCUAUUUGAUGGCCUGGACCCGACCCAUCACCCACUCUCUGCCCAAGACGUCGAGCCCUUUCUCCGUCUCGCACCGCGUAUCGAGGGAUGCAUGGGUGAUUGCACAGACGACCAUCUAGUUGAGCAGACACUGUUGUUCCUCAGCGAUGCCCGAUGCAACGUACCCGUGCAGGGUGCGUUUUCGACCACUUCGAUUAACCCCGCUUCGCUCCCCUCUCUUAUGACUGCCACGAUCAACGCUCUCGUCAAACUACGCAGCGACAACGUUGCACACCAAGAGGCGCUACAGUCUAAACUGGGCAAUGACGUUGUUCCUGUGUCACCAGCUCAGCUAUGGCAGAUCUUUGGGAAUGCUUCGGACACGGACACUGCCAGGAGAGCUUUCGACACGUUCUGCAAAUUCAUGGCAUAUUGGAACGUAGGAACUGCUGAUAUAAUCAAUCCUCAACUCACCUCAAUCAUCGAUAUCCUUCAAGUUGCAAUGGGCAUCAAGAAGUCGCCGCAACUAGCCAAGAACAAGGUGGAGGAUGACAAGGCUGCUGAGAAGAAGGAGGCUGAGAAGAAGGAGGCUGAGAAGAAGGAGGCUGAGAAGAAGGAGGCUAAGAAGAAGGCUGCUGCUGACAAGGCUGCGGAGAAGAAAGCUGCUGACAAGACUGCGGAGAAGAAGGCUGCUGACAAGGCUGAGAAGGCGGCCGCCGACAAGGCUGAGAUGGAGGCUGCUGACAAGGCUGAGAAGGAGGCUGCUGAGAAGAAGGCUGCUGAGAAGAAGGCUGCUGACAAGGCCGAGAAGAAGGCUCAGAAGAAGGCUCAGAAGGAGGCUGAGAAGAACGAGGAUGCUGAGGAGGCUGCCGACGAGGCUGCUGACAAGCCCAAGAAGAAGGUUAAGAAGAAGGCUCAGAAGGAGGCUGAGAAGAAGGCUCGAAAGGAGGCUAACAGGAAGGAGACUGCCGAAACAGCUGCUGAGGAGCCUGCCGACGAGGCUAAGAAGGAGCCUGCUGACAAGGCUGUUGAGGAGGAUGUUUCCAUGUCGGACAUUGACGAGGCGAAGCUACCUGUUGCGGACCAAAAGAAGCAAUGGAGAGGUCGAGGAGGUCGAGGCGGCAGCAAACGCGGCAGAGGAGGCGAAGGAGCCGUGACCGCAUUGGUCGCCAUCUGGGGUUUCUUCAUGCUUCCCAACACCCCACUCACCACGAGCUGGCUUAACCCACGGGAGCGCGAACUCGCUCAUGCACGUAUGGAGCGUGACCGAGUCGGCGAUUCCACCGAGCCUGUUAGCAUGAUGGAGGGACUGAGGCAGGCGUGCCGCGACAAGAGGACGUGGCUGUUCUGUCUCAUGCAGAACUUCCAUCUCAGUGCUUGCUCGUUCAACUCUUUCUUCCCAACUGUCAUCAAGACCCUCGGUUUCAAUACAACGAUUACUCUCCUACUGACCUGCCCUCCCUUCCUGCUUGCCGGCGCGGCAGGUAUCGCUACAGGCUGGAGUUCGGGACGUAUGCAUGAGCGCACCUGGCAUAUCACUGGUGGACUGCUAGUCGCCAUUGUCGGAUUCGUCAUCGCUGCCAGUACGAUGAAUACAGCGGGUCGAUAUGUUGCCUGCUUCAUCUUCCCCAUGGGCGCGUAUUCCGUCAACUCCGUCAUCAUUGGUUGGGCAUCUUCGACCCUCAGUCAGACGAAAGAGAAGAAAGCUGUCGUGUUGGCGAUGACGAACGUCGGAGGGCAGAUCGGGUACAUCUACGGCGCUUACCUCUGGCCAGACACCGACAAGCCUCGAUACGGAAUUGGAUUCGGUGCUUCUGCUGGAUUCGCGCUGCUGUCGAUCGCUUGUGCCUGGGCGAUUCGCGUGAUGCUCAUUAAGGAGAACCAGAGACUUAAGGCGUCAACGAAUGAGCGUGUCAACUUGUACGGAUACUAG